UUAAUAAAAAAAUAUUUUGAUUUUAUUUGGUAAGGGUGAAAGGAAGGCAGGAGCAAACAAGCAUCUCAUAUUUACAAAAUAAAAUCAACCGCAAAAUCAAUUUCCGGAGGAGCUUUUUAUUCUCAAAAUCUAAACCUCCAGCUAAACGGCUACUUCCACUCAGUGCUAACUAAUGGAGGGUGUUAUAGCACUGAUGCGGCCAGUGCCUGUAUCAACCAAGCCCGGAGUUGCAUUAUAUCGAAUCUCUGUCAGAAGAUCUUCUCCAUAUAUAUCAACAAAUUUUAGUAAACGUAAUGGUUGUUUGAUUCGAGCUCAACAGCUUGACUCCAGGGAAGCAUCUGCUACAGUAACGCCACCCGUGAGUGAUUCCCAAGACAAUGCCCUUAAAUUGAAAGUUUGGGAGGUGGGGAGGUUACAAGAGGAAGUAGCUGCUACCCAAGGAAUAAAAAUCAGGAGACGACCGCCAACAGGGCCCCCUAUGCACUAUGUUGGCCCUUUUGAGUUUCGGAUUCAAAGUGAAGGCAAUACGCCACGAAAUAUCUUGGAGGAAAUUAUAUGGCACAAGGACGUGGAACUCGCACAGUGGAAAGAGAAAAAGCCCCUUGUUUCUUUGAAGAAGGCCCUUGGUGCUGCUCCUCCAACGAGGGAUUUCAUUGGUGCUCUGAGAGCAGCUCAACAGAGAACGGGAUUGCCUGGUUUAAUUGCAGAAGUAAAAAAAGCUUCACCAAGUAGAGGUGUUCUGAGAGAAGACUUUGAUCCGGUUGAAAUAGCAAAAGCUUAUGAGAAAGGUGGAGCUGCAUGUCUGAGUGUUCUGACAGAUAAGAAGUUUUUUCAGGGAAGCUAUGAGAAUCUGGCAGCUAUACGCAAUGCUGGAAUCAAGUGUCCUUUGUUAUGCAAAGAAUUCAUAGUGGAAGCUUGGCAAUUAUUCUAUGCUAGGACUAAAGGAGCAGAUGCAGUUCUCUUGAUUGCUGGUGUUCUGACUGAUCUAGACAUUAAGUACAUGAUCAAGAUAUGCAAGAUACUGGGACUAGCAGCACUAGUUGAGGUGCAUAAUGAAAGGGAAAUGGAUCGUGUGCUUGGAAUAGAUGGGAUUAAAUUGGUGGGAAUCAACAAUAGGAAUCUUGAGACGUUCACUGUUGAUAUUAGUAAUACAAGGAAUCUUCUUGAUGCAAGACGUACACAAAUUAUUCGUGAAAAGGGCAUUAUUGUGAGUUUCUUUCCUAUCUAUUCUCUGGAGUCUGGACUUGAAUAUCCUUUCCCUUUGGGGUGGUUGGUGAGUCUGGACUUUUCACUCCUGCUGAUAUUGCUUAUGUUCAAGAGGCUGGAGUUGAAGCGGUCUUGGUUGGUGAAUCCCUUGUAAAACAACCAGAUCCUGCAAAGGGGAUUGCUAAUCUUUUUGGUAAAGAUAUAUCUGUAUGAACCACAAAUUAUGGAGCACCAAUUUUGAACAUCAAGCAAAGUUGUAGGUUCUGUAAAUUCAUAGUAAUACAAAUUUUUUGUUACUAAGCUGUUGCUGUCUGUUGUCGCGAAUUGGUGCCAGGCACUCCUGUUGUAACUUUGACAUCACAAACAUCACAAUUUGUACGUAUGCAGUUCUAUAUCAGUUUCACUUGUUUAACUAA